AUGGAUAAUCGAUCUAAUUCUGCGUUUCCUCAACCAAAAUUACCAGCAUCAUUUGUUGAUUUAUUGCCAAUAAACUCAAACGAAACAUUAUAUGCUGUAGAAAGUCUGUUACAAGUUGAAGGUUGCAUUAAAAAUAAAGAAGAAUUGAAGACCUUUUUAUUACUAAAAAUUGGCAACAGACAUAAUUCAUUAAACAGUGCAGUUACUGCUAUUUUCGACUUAUGUUUUGAAAGAUCUUAUGCAUCCAUCUUCAGCUUUCACGGAAAAACUAAAAAAUCAUUCAAAACUCUUGGAAUAUUUCAAGUUAUGCAAGAUACCCUUUCUGGUCGUGUAAACUCACCCCAAGACACUGAUACAAUUACAAAAGUCAUUAUCAAUAUACUAAAACAUGCAAAAAAGUAA